AGUUCGUGAGGAAGUGAGAGUGAAAGGUCAUUGUUUUCGACGGGAUCGUUCCGGUUACGUUGCUGACUGCUGCUGCCGCGUUGGUUUUCGUCGGCUUUUCGCCAAGGAGUACGAAGUUUCAGGUUGACUGGAGAAACGACUCCGGUAGAGCAUCGAAACUGUCGGAGAAAACUCAGCGAUAAUGGGCUGCUUCGGGAGCAAAGCAAAGCUGUCCAAAGAGGAUAUCGAAUUUCUCCAGAGGAAGACGCGCUAUGACGAAGAGACCAUAAAAAAAUGGUACAAGGGCUUCCAGCAAGACUGUCCCAAUGGGAAGCUGACACCCGCCAAGUUCGUGGAUAUGUACAAGAUGCUGUUCCCCAGCGGCGACGGCGAGGAGUUCUGCGACCACGCGUUCCGGACGUUUGAUACAGAUAAGAACGGCUACAUCGACUUCAAGGAAUUCCUGCUCGCCAUUGACGUCACGUCGGCCGGCACCCCGCAAGAGAAGCUCAAGUGGGCAUUUAGGAUGUACGACGUUGAUGGCAACGGAGUUAUUGAGCUGAACGAGAUGAAGAAAAUAGUCCAGGCCAUCUAUGAUAUGCUGGGAGCAAAUUCGGCCAACAGACCAGCCGACUCAGCGGAGGCUCGAGCCAAAAUAAUUUUUGAGAGGAUGGAUGAAAAUCAUGAUGGACAACUCACUGAGGAGGAAUUCCUCCAUGGAUGCAUGGAAGACGAAGAACUGUCAAAAAUUCUGUCCCCGCUGACGUCUCAGUAGAGGCCCUGACAAAAAUUUGCUGGCCGUCUCCGAAUGUUUGCGCAUUUGCCCCGUCUUCCGGUUUGCCAGGAGUUGAUAGAUGCGUUACGAAUCAAUCCCGGAUCCUGAUUUGUAGCCUGAGACAAGGAAAUCUCCGAUGUUUGAGCAGUCAUGUUUCGAAAGCCGUCAUGGGGUCCACUUUAUGCAAGAUUGUAGCUGCACAAGUUUCACGCUUGCUGGGAUGAAAGUCAUGAAAAAUAUGAACAUAAAGUCAAGGAUUUUAAUUCAUAGAUGUAUAGAAGGGAUUUCGUCUGUAUCUCCGAGGCGUGUGAGCGGAUCGUCGACGUAUGACAGAUAAUGGGGAUUUUAUCUGAGUGAUCAUGAUGAACCUGAUUCAAUUUUGCGUGCCAAUGUCAUAUGGGCAAGAACGGUUGAUUUUUCGAACUGUAUUCUGAUCGAUGUUGCCUGUGAGGCCGUCCAACAUUUUGUUUCUGCUGACUAAAAUUUAAUGCUUAACCUAAUUUUUGAAAUUUGGUUUGCAGUCAAUAGUUUUAAAAUGGUAGCAGUUACAUCGUCGGCACAUUUUCACAUCGUCAAAUUAUAUACUAUCUGCGUUAGACAGAAAGUCAAAUCUCGUGACAUGAGCAGAAACUUUCUUCGAAAUUACAGAAUCUAGUGAGCAUGGUAUUCGUUAUUGGCGUUUCCAAGUGUUAGAAUUGAUAGUUGUCUUAGAAUGAAAUUAGAUGAGCGGUGUUUUUGACUUUUGACAUCAUUCAAGCACUGCUUGACCUUUUAAAGGUAAUUUUCCAAAACAAAUGAAACUGAGUUUUCGCAUACAAUAUUUUCGAUACAUCGGAACGUUUUUUUCCGUCGAAAGAUUUUAUUUUCUAUGUCAAAUCCUGAUAUUCUUCGCGAAUUGCUUCCUUCCUGAUGCAAAUUUGGUGUUAAUAAAGUUCCUUCUCGGAUGAGGCCUA